UGCUGAAAAAGGCCAGGAAGGCUCUCCGGAGACUUUCACAGUUUUGGCGAAGGCAACAAUGGAACGUUUCAUUGUUCUCUUUCUCAUGUAUCUGCAGGUUAGUGAUGGCGUGAUCCUCACACGUGCUCAGGUGUUGGCUGGCAUGGAACGCUACGCUGUUGGUUUCCAGCAGUAUGGCGUGCUACCAGGGGACCGGGUAUGCAUUCACGUGGACAACAGAGUGGAAAAUCUAUUAGCCAUGUACGGCUGCAUCCUGGCUGGUGCCACCAUUGUGUUAGCCAAGACGUCACUCACCGAACGAGAACUCCGCUACCAAGCAGAAGACGGUGAUUGUACGCACAUCAUCACUGAAGAGAAGUAUACAGAUAAAGUCAAGGCAGCAGUCUCAAAUAUCAAUAUGAAAGCCCUCUUCUGCCUGGGACGUGCAGCCGGCUUCGUGUCAGCUUGCGAGUUUUCGAACCUAGACGAGCAACAGUUCCGCGAGUGCCCCAUUGCCGACCCUCGGAGCACUGUGCUCGCUGUGUGCUACACGUCUGGAACCACGGGUAUGCCGAAGGGCGCAGAAAUCACGCACUACAACUAUGUCGCCUGCUUCUACACGACAAGGCUACAGAUGCCAUGGGGUGAAGGAGACAUCUUAUUUGGCUCGCAGCCGAUCACGCACCAGUCCGGCAUGCUGUACUUUAUGGUAGCUGUGCUGGAUGGUGCCAAUUGCACUCUUGCGUCGGCCAAUCUCACACCUGCGGAAAUCCUGGACUCUGUGGAUAAGUACAAGAUUGUUGACGUGUGCACACGUCGGAAACUUGGUCCCCACGAGACUGGCGAGAUAUGCUUCCAGUCGUUGUCCAUGGUGAGGGGCUAUUACAAGCGACCGAAGGAGAGCGCCGAGCUUUUCGACGAAGAAGGCUGGUGUAGGUCAGGUGACGCUGGCUACUACGAUGAAGACGGCAAGCUGUACAUUCUCGAACGACUGAAACAGAUGAUCAAGUGCAUGGAUAAUCAGGUCGUCCCCGCAGAGUUGGAAGAACUGCUGCUUUGCGAGCAUGCACUCGAGAUUGCUGAGAUUUCUGUGGUGGGCCUUCCGCACUCGGACUACGGUGAGGCACCUGCCGCUGCCAUCGUCCUUACGGAAGAAGGCAGGAGGAAUGACCUGCCGACACUCGCCGAGAGAAUAAAGGCCACGGUUGCCAGUAACCUUGCUGUGCACAAGCAUCUGUACGGGGGUGUUUAUUUCGUGGAUCAUUUGCCGAAAACGGAGACAUCAGAAAUCAACAGAUCAGCCCUGGCUCGCACCCUCAUAAGAGCCUAGUGUCUAAACUCUAGCCUUAUCUCUUGUCCAGUGCAGGAAUGUUUCUUUUUCUCUAUCAAUAAAUAUUUUUUUGUGUGUCACAAGUGA